GCGCUUUAUCUGCCGCUGCGGCCGGAGGGCGUCGCUGCGGACCCCGCGCGCCGGAGCGCUCCCCGACCCGACUUCGCCGCCGGCCGCGCCGCGACGGCUUCCCGGAUCUGCCCUCUUUGCGGGGGUCCCCGCAGCCUCGCUGGGGCCCCAGAUAAUACCAUGAUGGGCGAAGAGAAGAUGUCUCUAAGAAACAGGCUGUCAAAGUCCAGUAAAAAUCCUGAGGAAGAUGAAGACUGGAAAAACCCUCCAGAAGAGUCCUUACAGAUACAUAGUAAUGGUCCAAUUGACAUAACACGGUUGAUAGCAAAGAAGAUGCAGUUGACAGCAGAGGCAGAGGAAUUGAAACCAUUUUUUAUGAAGGAAGUUGGCAGUCACUUUGAUGAUUUUGUGACCAAUCUCAUUGAAAAAUCAGCAUCAUUAGAUAAUGGUGGGUGUGCUCUCACAACCUUUUCUGUUCUUGAAGGAGAGAAAAACAACCAGAGAACAAAAGAUCUGAGAGCACCUCCAGAACAAGGAAAGAUUUUUACUGCAAGGCGAUCUCUCUUAGAUGAGCUGCUUGAAGUGGACCACAUCAGAACAAUAUAUCACAUGUUUAUUGCUCUCCUCAUUCUCUUUAUCCUCAGCACACUUGUAGUAGAUUACAUUGAUGAAGGAAGGCUGGUGCUUGAGUUCAGUCUCCUGUCUUAUGCUUUUGGCAAACUUCCUACCGUUGUUUGGACAUGGUGUAUCAUGUUCCUGUCUACACUUUCAAUUCCCUAUUUUCUUUUUCAACGUUGGGCCAGUGGCUACAGUAAGAGUUCUCGUCCACUGAUCCAUUCUCUCUUCCAUGGCUUGCUUUUCACAAUCUUCCAGAUUGGAGUUCUAGGUUUUGGACCAACAUAUGUUGUAUUAGCAUAUACACUGCCACCAGCUUCCCGGUUCAUUGUUAUACUUGAACAGAUUCGUUUGAUAAUGAAGGCCCAUUCAUUUGUCAGAGAGAAUGUACCUCGGGUUCUAAAUUCAUCUAAGGAGAAAUCAAGCACUGUUCCAAUACCUACAGUCAACCAGUAUUUGUACUUCUUGUUUGCUCCUACCCUUAUCUACCGUGACAGCUAUCCCAGGACUCCCACUGUAAGAUGGGGUUAUGUUGCUAUGCAGUUUGCACAGGUUUUUGGUUGCUUUUGUUAUGUAUACUACAUCUUUGAGAGGCUUUGUGCCCCCUUGUUUCGGAAUAUCAAACAGGAGCCCUUCAGCGCUCGUGUUCUGGUCCUAUGUGUAUUUAACUCCAUCUUGCCAGGGGUGCUGAUUCUGUUCCUUACUUUUUUUGCUUUUUUGCACUGCUGGCUCAAUGCCUUUGCUGAGAUGUUACGCUUUGGUGACAGGAUGUUUUAUAAGGAUUGGUGGAACUCCACAUCAUACUCUAACUAUUACAGGACCUGGAAUGUGGUGGUCCAUGACUGGUUAUAUUAUUAUGCUUACAAGGACUUUCUCUGGUUGUUCUCUAAGAGGUUCAAGUCUGCUGCCAUGUUAGCUGUCUUUGCUGUGUCUGCUGUAGUGCACGAGUAUGCCUUGGCUGUUUGCUUGAGCUUCUUCUAUCCCGUGCUCUUCGUGCUCUUCAUGUUCUUUGGAAUGGCUUUCAACUUCAUUGUAAAUGAUAGCUGGAAAAGGCCAAUUUGGAAUGUUCUGAUGUGGACUUCUCUUUUCUUGGGUAUUGGAGUCUUGCUGUGCUUUUAUUCUCAAGAGUGGUAUGCACGUCAGCGCUGUCCUCUGAAAAAUCCCACAUUUCUAGAUUAUAUCCAGCCACGUUCCUGGACUUGUCAGUACGUGUUUUAGAAGCUUGGACUUUAUUUCCUUCUGUCACUGAAGAUUGGGUAUUCUCCUUGAUUUGGCGCCAGCCGUUACUGAAGUUAUCUGUGUUAUUUGGACCACUCCAGGCUUUACGGAUGGCUCAUUCCAUUCCUAGGUCACUUGAAGCAGAAUUGAUGGAAGUUCACUGGAGUCUUGUACACUUAAGCAGGAAUUUGUUAUUGUUGGGGUGGGGAGAAGAGAUGGAAGACUAAUGGCUGAGGUAAUGACAGAUUCUUGCUGGGUCUUAUCGGCUUUAGCCUUGGUAAUUAUACUAUUUUUUUUUCUUGACUCUGUCCAAUCAGAGACUAAGCAUAAUACUUUCUUGGCCACUGAACUAGCCAAAACACUUAUGAAGAAAUUAUUUAAGUACCUCUGACUUAGAAUUUUUUUUUUCAUGAACAUCGUUGGAACAUAUGCUAAUUAAACAUGCAUUUGGGAAAGAAAAGAAAAUAUUGGGGCACAAUUUUUGCUAUUUCCAGUAAAAAGAGAAAAUAUUUUCUAAAGAUAAUCUUGUUAUGCAUCCUAUUUUAUGUAUUUUUGGAAAAAAGUUCAGUUCUGAGUUUUUACCUUGUUUUCUCUAUAGGUCAUAAAUUCUGUGAAGCAAAAAGAUGCCUUUCACCUUGAAUUCUUAAGUUUACAUCAAUAAUAUUAUAUAUUGAGGGGAUCAGAAAUAGGAAAGGAAAAAGAAGUAGCACAGGAAAAAUAUUUCCUCUUAUAACUUCCAAAGUAAUUUUUAAAAAAGAUUUGUAGAGUCAAUCAUGUGUUUAAAUUAUUUUGUUUGUCAUGGAACUUAUUGUAAAAGAUAAUGUUUUUUUAACUGUAAGGUAGUAACUUCCUUGAAGUUAUUUAGAAGUAUCCUUUAGAACAAUUAUUGUCUAAAAAAUAUUGACUUAUCUUGAAUUAUUCUGCAGACAAGUGAGUCUGUAACAUAAGUAUUAAUUGUCUCCAUUAAUAUUAAUGUGAUCAUUAAGGAUCCAGAAGCUGGCUUCUGCAUUUGCUCUGUUAUACUUUUAACGGUAGUAGUUUUUAGGUGAAACAAAUUAAUAUGCGAUUGUUUUUAAGGAAAUGCACUCUAUUGUGCAAUAUUUCCAUUUUAUAAGAUGCCCAUUACCGAUACAAUGUAGUGUGGAAUUAUUUUGUUUGUAUAUAGGAAGUAUGAUCAUGUCUGUAAAGAUCGAGCAUUGCAAAGGAUGCCACAGGCCUACCUUGUGUUUCUAUUUUCCACCUAAAGAAGUGAGACUUAUGAAUCAUUCAAAUGAUUAUUGUUACUUGUAGCAACCACUUAAGAAGCUCUCUUGGUACUGUUUAGAAUUUGUUUUAAAGUCAGUUUUCAAUUUCACAAGAAGGUAAGUAGAGUUUCUUAAUAGUCACAUCUUAAUUUGAGCCACAACUACCCAGCUUAAUCACCUAUUUUGUUCACCAUCUUUGAUCCAGAUGAGUUUGGGCAGAUUUCAAAUCUCAGAUUCAACUUCAACAAACACAAGCACACCUCAAAGGAGGUUACUUGUAAAAAGGUAUUCCACAUGUUUCCUAGCAGUAAUGUUCUGCACAAUAGUAUUGUAAUUGGAAUGGAACCAUAACCUCUUAGACUGCUUUAAUAAAGCUUGUUAUUUCUGGCAUUUUCCUUAAAUUGAAUGAAAAUGAAUCAGUCACUUGAAUGUAAAACUACAUUUUAAAGAUAAUAAGAACAGAUUGGUCUAUGGCACGGUUAUGAAUAAGCCAGUCUUUCAAAGCAAGACAAUGGAAUUCCUAGGUUUAUAUUUCUAAGAAGUUCUAUAACUUUGUACUCUUAUGAGAGGACUUUGUUUCUCUGUUGUGUUUCUGAAUACUGUAUUUGUUGGACUGAUCAAGGCUAUUUUUAAAAAAGCUUUCCACUUCCCUUUAUUAUUAUUAUUGAUUUUUUUGCUCUAGAUUUACAACAAAUGAUAUGUAGAAUUGUAGACUGUUCAGAAUGCUAAGACUGUCCUAAGAAACUUUCACAAACAGGUUAACACUUAAGAAAUGGCCACUUUCUGUGAAAGAAGCUGGCUUGAUAGCUGUGAUUGCUAUUGCUGUCUGCUUUUAGCAAAGGUCUUUUCUUCAAAUCAUCAUCUACACUGUUUAAACAAAUAUAAAAAACUAAAACCCCUUGCUAAUGUGUUUCAGGAAAAUUGAUUUAGUUUUUCCUAUUUUGCUAAUAGUGAAAAUUAUUUUCAAUGACAGAUUGAUACUUUUUGCCUUCUGAAAAGUAAUGAGCUUAGAAAUUCUUUUUUGUAUAAAUAAUAGUAACCAUGAUUUGUGGUGUGUAUUAUUCAACACAACAACUAAGUAGUAUGUAUUUCCCUUUUUUUAUUACCUCUCUAACUUGAUCUUCUAGUACCUUUUAUACAUGGGACAAAUUUGUUAGAUGCUUUUAUUCUCAAUCCUGGAUAAUGAAGCAAAAUGGAAUUUUGUUUUGUUCUUUGGUAGAUUCAUGUGCUGUAAUUACCCAGGUAAAGCUGCUUGCCUCAUGUUGUAAUUUAAUUAGAAAACUGAGGCUGCUUUUAACUUGUCAGUACCUCUAACAUCUGGAAGCAAAAGGAGUGGGGAAAAUGUUUUGUCCUUUUUCAAUAGUUGCAAGGUAAAAAGUGCGUGAUAACUAACAGGGUAAAAAAGUAUGAUGUGUAAAUAAUCUAUAUUGGCAAACAUAAGUUGUGCUGUAGAACUAAUUCAUUUAGUAUAGACAGUUUUCAUUGUAAUUUAAAAAUACUUGCCUGAAAAAUGGAAUCUUGAAGUCUUACAGAAAACAUAACAUCAUAUAUUUAAAAGUUGGUCAUAAAAGUUGGACUGCAUAGCCUAAAAAGAUAUAAUUUAUUAAUUGCUGAGAGGUCUUUUGUGCGGAAAAAAAGGGUCUUUGUUUUAUAUGGGUAUAAGUACUUUUGAGUAAAAUUCGUUUGUGUGGGGGAAAAUAAUGAAGUAUUGAGGCGGCCUGACAGUGCAGUAGUUUGAAUUUGGGGGUUAGUUAUGGAACUAUUUUUUUUAAAUGUCCAGCCCAUAAAA